AUGGCUCUAUCUAUAAUGGCCACGGUCUCGUUUACUGGCUCAUUGGGCCAGUCACAAGCAACCAAUGGGCAGCUUUCAUCCGGAAACAGCUUGUUAGUUUCACAGCCGCUCGUGAUAACUUAUCCGUGCUCACGAGACGAAUCCGCAAGCCGGCGCUCAGUCGCGGUGAAGGCGCUCUUCGGCUGGGGCAAGCCCAAGGCCGACACGCCGUCCAAGUCCCCCUCGAAAAAGUCACCUCCGGCUAAGGGAAAGGUUUCGAGAGCCUCGUGCAGCACGUGCAGAGGCACAGGAGGCGUGGAUUGUCCCAUUUGCAAGGGGACGGGGAAGAGCAAGACCAAGGGCAACAUGCUGGAGAGAUGGAAGUAA